AUAGUGAAUUUUUGUUUUAUUGUUUUUGUGUAUUGUUUUUGUAUCGUGAAUUUAAGUCUUUGCUUUGUGUUAAUGGUGAGAACGGGUUUUUGGGCUAUUUGUAAUAAACUAGUUGAAUUUGAUAAUGACGGUCUUGCCAUUCAAUAUUACUGGUUUUUAUGGUUUUGAAGAGAAUUGCCAUGCCACACUUGCGGAGUCAACGAACAGGUCAGAGAUCAGUGUGGAAAUCUCCUUACGGUAACCAAGGUGCACAGAAAAGCAUGAAGAAUAAUCAUCCCAUCAUAAAAGUAGAGCCAUCUACAAGUACUAUAAAGAAGUACUCCCUCUCUGUGAAACCAUCAAUGAGUCUGCAGUAUAUUGAUGAGGGCAGUGAGAAAAGACUUGAAGCUGCUUUCAAAAGUGUAAUAAAAUAUUCUUUAAGCACUGCAACCACCAACUUUGUUGAAGAGAAUGUUGCAAACUCAGAAAAAAAGCCAAAUCCGGAUAGUGCUGUUGGUCCAAAAUCAGUCUCUGGUAGUGAAAGUAGUUUUUCUGUUGAAAAGGAAAUGAAACCAUCUCUGAAGGUUUUUAAAGAAUUUACUUUCUCUCUUGUGUGUGAUGUUCAACCAGAUGUAUCACAUUUUAACUCAUUGCACCGUUGCAAAACUUGUUCAGUUCCAUGCACUGAAUUCUUGGAUGAAUUUUGGGGUUUUCCCAAAACUAACAUUAGCUUGGACACUGAUGGAGAGAUUGUGGAUAACCUAGAUGACAGUUUUCAAGGUUCUGAUAUUGCAGAAGAAGGAAAUGAUGAAUUCUAUGGGUUCGAAAGAAUAAAUCCUUGCCAGAAGUUAAAGCAAGGUUUGGAAGUUUCAGGAGUGAGGCCGUGCUCUGUUGUUCUGUACAGGGUGAAGCCUUGUUCCGUUGUUCUCCACAGGUUAAACUACUCUCUUAAAACUGCUGAAUCUUCACGUAGUAAAAAUGUGAUUUCCCACGACUGGCAGUUUCCAGCACGGAAUGGUAAGUUGGUUAGGAGGGCAGCAAAGAAACGAACACGUGCUUUGCGUAGAGUUGAAAGCAGUAACAGUGAAGGUGUAAAUCAGGAAGUAGAAGACAUCAAUAUUUCGGAUCUUACUAUUCUUAAUGUGGAAAAUAACAUUUUGUUAGAACCUUUCAACAUUUCUGUAAGUGUGUGGGACCAAUUCCAGGAGGCUUGUAAUCUAUCAUUGCAAAAGGAGUUUGUAGAGGACUUUUGUGGCUUCAGUCACUUAAAAACCCCUCAAUAGUUAUGACGUGUUUGCUUUCCUGUAUUCAGCACUGGUUAAAUUGACCUCUUUUCUCGGAAGAUUGACUUCGAACAAUUACACAGAUAUUCCACCAUGUGAAAGAAGUAUGACUUUAGUUCUCUGCUAGUGUUCAAAAAAAUUUUGGUAAUUCUUUGGCUCUGACUUAUUUUGCAGUUUUUAAUUUUUUUUAAAAUUUCAAUUAAUAUUUUUUGUGUAAAUUAGAUUUUGUUUAAAUAUUGAUUAAAGGUAAACAUUUUUU